CUACAGUCCCAGGAUGGCUGGUCAGUGGAUCAUGUGUCCCCUUUGUCCCCUAGGUGACAGCGGGAAAGUGACCACAGUGGUAGCCACCCUAGGCCAGGGCCCAGAGCGUUCUCAAGAGGUGGCUUACACAGACAUCAAAGUGAUUGGCAGUGGCUCUUUUGGGGUCGUGUACCAGGCACGACUGGCUGAGACUGGGGAGCUGGUGGCCAUCAAGAAGGUCCUCCAGGACAAGAGGUUCAAGAACCGAGAGCUGCAGAUCAUGCGUAAGCUGGACCACUGCAAUAUCGUGAGGCUGAGAUACUUUUUUUACUCCAGUGGAGAGAAGAAAGAUGAGCUUUACUUAAAUCUGGUGCUGGAAUACGUGCCCGAGACGGUGUACCGGGUGGCUCGCCAUUUUACCAAGGCCAAGUUGACCAUCCCUAUCAUCUAUGUCAAGGUGUACAUGUACCAGCUCUUCCGGAGCUUGGCAUACAUCCACUCCCAGGGUGUGUGUCAUCGUGACAUCAAGCCCCAGAACCUGUUGGUGGACCCUGACACCGCUGUCCUCAAGCUCUGCGACUUUGGCAGCGCAAAGCAGUUGGUCCGGGGAGAGCCCAAUGUCUCCUACAUCUGUUCUCGCUACUACCGGGCCCCAGAGCUGAUCUUUGGAGCCACUGAUUACACCUCGUCUAUCGAUGUGUGGUCAGCAGGCUGUGUACUGGCUGAGCUGCUCCUGGGCCAGCCCAUCUUUCCUGGGGACAGUGGGGUAGACCAGCUGGUGGAGAUCAUCAAGGUGCUGGGAACACCAACCCGGGAACAGAUCCGAGAGAUGAACCCCAACUACACGGAGUUCAAGUUCCCCCAGAUUAAAGCCCAUCCCUGGACAAAGGUAUUCAAAUCUCGAACGCCACCUGAGGCCAUUGCACUCUGCUCGAGCCUGCUGGAGUACACGCCAUCCUCCAGGCUCUCCCCGCUGGAAGCCUGCGCCCACAGCUUCUUUGAUGAACUGCGAUGUCCUGGAACCCAGCUCCCCAACAACCGCCUGCUUCCCCCACUCUUCAAUUUCAGCCCUGGUGAACUCUCCAUCCAACCAUCUCUCAAUGCCAUUCUCAUCCCUCCUCACUUGAGGUCCCCGGCGGGCUCUGCCACUCUUACCCCGUCCUCACAAGCUUUAGGUGAGUCCCGCCUGGGCUCAGACCGGCAGCCGACCGACACCACAGCUACCCUCACUAACUCUUCCUGAGGGCCCCACCAGCUACACUCCAUCUGGGAGCCCCAAGCAGGGCUGGGACGAGGGGCCACAGCCCACCACGCUCCUCCUGCCCUGGCGGGGCCCCUAGACUAGGGGGCAGAGAUAAAUGAGUCCCUGUCUCCACCUCCAGUCCCUCACUCUCCAGCUUCACCCCUGCGGUGGGCUUUUUAAGAGGAUUUUAACUGGUUGUGGGGAGGGAAGAGAAGGAUGGACGGAUGGGGUUGGGGGCAUGAGGACCUCCUACCCCCUCGGCCCCCUCCCCUGCCCCCAGGUCUCCACCUCCUCCAACCCCCCUUCCCCAUGUCCCUUGUAAAUAGAACCAGACCACCCCCAUCUUCCCUGCCCUUCCCUGGCCCCCAGGUGUAAAUAGAUUGUUAUAAUUUUUUUCUUAAAGAAAACGUUGAUUCACACCAUCCAACCUGGUCCCCUCCUCCAGCUGUGUCUCCCUUGUCUUCUGUCUCCAAGGUCUCUUCUCUCCCCUCCCCACCCUGGAGGGGCAGGGGACUGAGGAGAGCUCUUGAUUGUCUUAGUUUCCACUGUAAGGUUUGCCUGUGUACAGACCUCCGUUCAAUAAAUUAUUGGCAU